AUGGUGAAUACGUUAUUUUUUUUUAGUGCCAACAAGAAAGUCGUUUUGUAUGAUAGAAGAGGUGCCGUAAUAGACGCACUGGAUAUCGGAGGAAAUGUCAUUGGAAUGGCAUGGGAUAAGGAAGGAGAUGUGCUCGGCAUUAUCACUAAUACAUCGUCAUUGGCGAUCUUGUGGAACAUCAACACACGUACCACUGAGCAGCUGGAGACGGCUAUGGGAGCCAGGAAAAUUCCUGUCCUUGGUAAACACCAGCGAAGAAUUACCGAUGUGGCCAUAACAAAACAGGAUGAAAUUCUCUGUUGUAGUGAUGAUAACACUAUAACUGUGUCAUCUUCCGAUGGUGAGACGGUGAAAUCGUUGGUUGUAUCUGCCAAACCGAAGGAUUUAAAAGUUGAAGAAGUAAAGAGGCCUGGAGGCGAUGUGAAUGUCAUGGAGCUGCAACAGGAGCUCUUUUGGAGUGAAGGAGUGAGGCCAUUUGCCCUCGACGUUCUUGAUGAGAAAUACCUACUGAAAAUUCUAGAUAUUCCUAGAAUUGCCAAACAACAGCAGCUCACACUUAUCAGUAUUAUUAUACAGCUCACUUAUCAGUAUUAUUAUACAAAAUAUUUUCCAAAGGUGAGUGCUGUAUUGGGCAAGAAGACGCUGUUUCUGUCAACACUCGCCGAAAAACCGAAGGAAGAUACAUCCUUCGAUAGCGAUACUGAUAGUUCGGUGAAUCUUCAGUUUCAAGAGAAAUAUGGCCAUAUUGUUGCUCAUGCAUGGUACAGUGAUGGUUAUAUAGUUAUCGGUUUUGCAAAGGGAUUUGUGGUUUGCAUAUCUGCACAUCUAUCUGAACUGGGACAGGAAAUCUUCAAUGUCGCUGAAUACAAAACAUACUUAGCGGCGGUAGCGGCUUGUUCUCCUUUCGGAAAAAUCCUCACAGUUGGCGAUCAUCAGAUCAAAGUACGAGAAAUGAGGGAGUUAAAUGACAUAUUCGCCAUCGUGGAAGUCGACACUGAAAAAGAUCUUUCUCAAAUAGAAUGUUCCUCUGAUGGGCAGCUGGUGGCGGUAGCGUCGAGUGGUGGUGGGGUAUCCGUCUAUAUCACUAAGAUGCCUUCCAUGGGUGCAGCUUAUGGUGACACGAUGGCCGUACUUUCUUCUUUAAAUCAGGUCACAUAUUGGACCGAAGCCGAUAAGAGGCUAUUCUCAGGAACAAAUCCUGUUGCUGAGGUUGAGCACCUAUCUACAAUUGUCGAUAUGAAACUCAAUGGUGAAUACAUGUGCGUCGUUAUGGAAGGAAAAGCUCGACUUCACAGGAUUCUCAACUACGAUUCGCAUCCGUCAGUCACUUUUCCAGAGCCAGCGAGGAACACUCGUCUGCUUUCUGCGUCGCUAUCCAACAACUUUUUCAUUUUUAGCACAGAGGCCAACUAUCUUGUGUUUUUCUCACUUUCUGAGUGGUGUGUUGUUAGUGAAUAUCGCCAUACGUCACCGAUUCGACAGAUUCACCCUGAUCAAGAUGGUUUACGAAAUGUUGUUUUUGAUGAGAGAGCGGACACAUGGGUCUACAGCCCAGUGGACGAUUCUAUGCACAAACUUCCGGCUAUUGGCUCAGCCGUACAUUACAAAGCGGCCUUAUGGGAGACGUUCACAAUAGAUCGUGAUACAUUCGUAGUGUAUGAUAAUUCGAAUCUAUACGUGUAUUUGCUUAACAGGAGUCAUAUUGAAGGUGAAUCUGUACUCUAUGUUGGCAGUACGAAACUUCCCUUCGUUCAUUAUCCUCUUAUGCUGAGUAAGGGGAUAGUGCACUGUCUUACUUCGUCAGGUAAGACAAGUGGCGUUUUGUUGGACAGUCAUCGGACCGACACAGUACUGGAAGGCAAACCGCCAGCAGUCGUAGCCGAUGUCGGAGCCGGUGUUUGUAUUUUAGUAGUUGUUGGUGUAGUAGGAGUAGUAGGAGUUGUCGUCGUUAGUGUUAUAGUAGCACUUGUCGUCAUUGCUGCUGUAGUAGGAGUAUCAGUAGCAGCAGACGUCGCCAAUUUAGUAGUGACUCUGCUAACACUUUCGAUUUACUAA